CUACUGUGCGACAGUGUUACCCCAAAUGUGCAUUAUCUGUGAGGAACGAAAGCCGGAAGAUGUGUUCAAAUAAAUGGAAAACAUCAAAACUCGGCUCAUGUUAUCAGUGAUUCAGAAGGUUAAAGCAUGGCUGAGAGUAUUGAGACAAGACACGAGAACUGGCUGAGAGUGGUCUGGGGACUCCUGUACGUGAGAGAAGGACUUCAGGGAUACGUAGAUACAAAAGGCAAGCAACAGUACCAAACAUUUAUAAGCAUUGUCAAUGCGAAGUGUAAUAACCAAACAUGUGAUCAAUGCCAAAUCAAUUAUCAAUGCCAAAAUGGCAAGACUAAAGUGACAGGAAAAUCCAAAUUUAGGCCAGCCCAUUUCUGUGAUGCAAUGUACAAAGAGAUACAAAACAAUCAUGCUGGAAACAACCCAUUUUGGAUGAAUACAGACUCUACGAAAUGGCAGGAUCCACACGUCGGUUACUGGGAGGUGACCAAGUGUUAUCUUAGUUCAGCUGGUUACUUUGACAAGAUUGGGGCGAGUCAGAUGGACGCAUCAGGACUGUUAAGCAUCUGUAUAAACAGUUCGUUUAUCAAACAACACAUUACAAAUAUUCAGCAAUUUGAAGAGGUGCGAGACAUAAGGAACAAGACCCUGCAUGACGCCCGCUAUGAGAUUGACGAAAAGACAGCAAACGACUGCCUGGACAAGAUGAUUACCGUUCUUCAAGACCCACAAGAACUCAUACAUGAUACAUUUGCUCAGCGAGCCGCUCAUCUCAUAAUAAAUAUCAAAGCCAAGAUUGAAAAGACACCGGCCGUUAUGACAGAAACCUUACACAAAUGGCUUCAGACAAACUUUGACGUCGACAAACAUCUCAAAGAGAUCGAGGGCCUGAUGUAUGAUAGACUACGAAAGGAACUGAAAGGGUUUAUAGUCGAUGAGGUCAAACGUGAGGUCAAACACAGGUUCGAUGACAGAGGUAACUACGAAAGGGAACACAACCUGGAGGAUCUACGACAACGGCUUGCCAAGUACUACCAGAAAACACUCAACAGCGCGCCAAUAUCUCCCCUGCUGUCGGACAGUAACGAGAGACUGGACAAGUUUUACGUCCCUCCAAAGAUCGUGGAGCAAGACCCGCGAAAAGUAGGUGCGGUUGAGAAAGAAAAAGGAACACCCGUGACGGCUUACAGGCAAUUGUUCUGUAAAAGUGGUUAUUUUAGGAAAAACGUGUUCAUGGUUGGCGAGGCCGGGAUGGGAAAGUCCACCUGUGCCGCAAUGUGUGCAUUGAAAUGGGCCAAUCAGUUCUCAUUAACAAAUACAAUUAACGAACCUGACAAAGAUCCUUUACCUCAAAACUCAUGUAUGUCUACAGUGCUUAAACAUGUUGUUAUUAUUAGCAUGGAUUUUAAACAUAUUUUCAAUUCUGAUACAAAGCAGGAUGACCAAUUCAAAGAUGAAACUUUCUGUAAAAACAUUGAUUUCUUAUUCCACCUCACUCUAAGAGAUAGCUGCGACCUCUGUGACCUCACAGACAUGAUACGAGAUCAGCUUAUCAACAGAAUUUACCAACAGGAUCAGAGGGACGCUGCAUACCUGACUAUGCAAAGUGUUCUGUCCAAUAAUAAGUGCGUGAUCAUAGCCGAUGGCCUGGAUGAAUGGACUCAUCCAAAUGAUACAAAAUGCAGCUGUCCAAAAGAAGAAAAAGUGAUCCCUUACUUGGAUACUACCCUAGAUGCAACAGUGUUGAUUACAUCACGGCCCUGGAGAAUGUCACAACAACGCGUUAAAGACACGAAAAUAGACACGUACCUGGAGAUAGAGGGAACUUCAGAUAUUGGUUUACUAAUUUGGAGAGUAUUGAAUAGUCUUAACGAAACAGUUACAGUAAAAAAAACAUUGUUAGAUUUCAUCAAGUUUGUUGAAAGAAUGAAACUCAUACAUCUUUUAUCGGUACCUAUUAUAUCGAUGUUGCUGGUAUGUUUGUGGUUUGAGGGAAUACAUGAGUCUUUUUCUUUAUGUGACAUAUAUGCAUACACUAUUGAAAUGAUGUUAGGGCGAAAAGCUCUCCCAAUGCGUAUUGUUUCGCAGGAAAAUAUUCCUUUCCUACGCUGUUUCCAGCAAACAGAAUAUGUACAAAAGUACUACAGCAUUGUAAUGGAGAUAGCAGAACUGGCUUUUACGACAUUAUUUUCGAGCGAACAAACAUCAUCCUUGGUGUUUAAGAAAGUUGACAAUUUGAAGCACGAUACUCUCCUGUUUGUGCUGAAGUCGGGAAUCUUGCAAGAAUCAAAAUCAGCGUCUUUGAUUAGAAAGUCAUCGAGUUACUCGUUCAUCCACAAAACUGUUCAGGAAUUCCUUGCUGCAAUAUACAUGUCAAACCACCCAAAAGAGUUUAAAAGAGUAGUUCCACUUUUUUAUGAGAAGAACGAUGAAAUGUCGGAUAUUUCACAGGUUUUUAUUUUCAUGUGCGGUAUGAACAUGAAGUUAGCAAAUGAGAUGUCUGCCAUGAUAUCGAAUAACAUAUCCAAUAGUAUAAAAUUUUACUUGGACGAUUCCAUCCAGAAAACCAUUGUGUCGGGUUAUAAGGAGGCUAAAGCGAGUAAAGUAUUAAAUAUUCAGUUGUCACUCAUCAGCUUUGAUUUAGAGUUUUGUACCGACACCGAAAUAGUGUAUGAUUUGCUAUCAAUGAACAAGUCUAAGGUACGUAGUAUCAAUGUCUCGUACGAUAUAAGCCAGGCGAAACUCCAGGAGGUGAUCAGUUGCUCCACAAACACUCUUACUUAUGUUUCUUUACAUAAGGUGACUGGACAGUAUAACCUUUCCGCGUGCAACAAUCUCCAAGACUUAACGAUAAUUGGAUCUGAAACCACGAAUAUUGAGAUCAAUACAAAUAAUUUAAAGUCAUUGCAUUUAAACUGUGUUUCGAAAACUGUUGAAUACAGUAUUUUGCAGUCAUUAAAAUAUCGAUCAGUGAUGUUGAAAUAUCUGAAGUUAAAACACAUAACCAACAUGAGCCUAUUCUGUCAGACUCUUCCUCUGUUGACUAAUUUAAAAAGAUUGCGCCUAGGAAGCCGUUUCGACACGUAUUUGUCCUCUUCGGGUAUUUUGAAUUUAAUUGGCAUGAAGAACGUGCCAAUUACAGACCUCGGUGAUCACGAUCUUCUCCUACCAGCCUCCCUCCACGAUGUUCGUCUAGAAGGAGUGACAAUGACAGGGCGUUGCUUGAGGGGGAUGGUGGAGAGGCAGAAAAACAGCGCUAAUUUUUCAUUAUUGGGGUGUACUGUGGAACCGAACACAGAGUAUAUAGAGAUUAAACGGUAUUUGCAGAAGAGCGAAUAUUUUGUUUCUGCAAUCAGGGACGAUUAUUUAAUGUUUACAAGUAAGAAAGCAGAAGUAGUAGGGAUAUGAGUUAGCACUUUUUAAUGUGAUUGUAUUUGUUAUUGUUCUGUCUGAAUUAUAAACAACCAGAAAUAACAAUUUGUCUGCUGUUUAACACCUAUGCUACCAUUUGUUUUCUAACAUGAAUAACUUACCGUUAAAAUCAUUACUUUUAAUACCUUUUAAAAAGAAACGUUAUGGAACUUAUUAUGUGAAUGCCUUAUUAUUAAACAAGUAUUUAUUGUUUUAUAUUGUUUGUUUGUAGGUGUUGCCUUCACUAAAUCAUUUGCACAGAUAACUGUAUAUUAAUAUGGCUAACAAACCGGUCUCAUUCAAAACGAGACAAUAUACGACAAUAUUGACAACACACAGAUUUUGUUCGAAAUUGUAUUUUGUGAUAAUGAUGAUAACAAAGCAUCUCCCAGAAAAUGGUACAGU